AUGGCCGCAGUGCACACAAAGAGCCCCGGUUUCCUCCCUCCGACAUCCUCUAAGACCCGUGCCCUGUACACGGCCAGCGCCGAUCCUCAGUCGUCGACACCACGCCCGACGCACCCCGCGAUCGAUAUGACCCGUUGGUCGCCGACUCGCCGUGCCCGAUAUCAUGCGAUUGAAUCAUGCACCCGCGUUACCCCGAGCAGGUCGCUGCCGGACGUCGACCACUCCUCUUCCCCCAACUGCUCGCAGUACGAGCUCGUCAAGCUCAAGAACGAGCAGCAUGACGCUGGUGAGCACGUCUUCGCUCUGCGUCACACCCAGCGUGAGCUUAUGGCCCCGUCGCCACGUCACGCCCGCAUCGCCCACCUCAACCACAUCACCUGCGUUAUUCACCUUGCCCGCCUCACUCGUGUCGCGAUCUCGGCCACCGCACACCUCGCCCGCGUCGCCUAUCUCGCCCGUGUCGCCCUCUGCUCCCACACCGCGCGCGACCGCGUCGCCCACUUCUUCCGCAUCGUCCAUAUCGCCGUCUUUGCCCACCUCGCGCGUGUCACCCGCAUCACCCACUGGAGCUUUCGUGCAUGCCGGCUCAAGUACAAGUGGCACUCGACAUACGCGCAGACGAGCCUGUUCGACUCGCGCCUGAGGGUAGCCGGCCUGCCGUUCAUUCAUCCACCCCUCCUAACACAACCGCCUCGCCCCCGUGGUCCGCCCACCCGCGUCACCUACUUUGCCCACACCGUCACCUUGGCCAUGUCGUUCAUCUCGCUCGUCGCACACACCUCACCCGCGUUGCGUGACACGUCCGCGUUUCGCCCCCGCGUCGCCCGCACCCACACCGCCCACACCCGCGUCAUUCACGUCGCCAUGUCGCCCACGUGCCUCGUCUGUGUCGCUCGCUUCCCCUUGCCAGGUUAUCCAUGUCGCUAG